UUCGGCGGGCAACAGUACACCGUCGUACGGCAUACCGAGCACAUCAACGCGUCGUCGCCCUCUCGUUAUCACUUGCAUACCACCGAUAUCUCAUCAGUGUUAUCGCCGUCGUUCGUGCGCUAUCAUAUAUAUAAAUUAUCCGCAAUAUUUACUCUUCCGGAUAUUUACUCACACCUAUAACCGUGAUAAAAUGGCUUAUCUGUCAAACAGUUUCGACUUCGAACACAUGCAAAACUCGACCAACUGGGAGGCCGUCCACAAGAAACGGUCUUUCGUCGCCCGAAAAAUACACAAAAUCAACAAGACUAUCAAACCGAUACUGAGAGCGUUGUGCCGCCGGAACGCUGUGACCCCGGCCGCCCAACAAGACGGUUCGGCCCUGGACCCGCGGGGCCUGUCGCCCGAAGAAUUGGAAAACUUGCAAAACGAAUACAUCGAGCGCAAGCUGUCGCAAGCGGUCGUCUACGACGAAGACGAUUACUAUUCGGACACGAUCAGCGUCGAGUCCGGUCUGGGCAUGUCUUUCGAAGAGCUCAGCCGUCCCGUCGAUCGCAGGCAGCUCGUCUCCCUGUUGCCAGAAGCCCGGUUCUACAUGUCUCGUGAUUUCUGGUUCGAAUCCGACAACCGCACCGCCGGCCGACCAUCGUUCACCAGACAACAGACGCCCCAAAGGCAGCAGCCGUGCAGGUACUAAGCGCGUCGAGUCGCCCUCGUCGUCCGUCUCGUCCGUCCGCACCCGAAAGUCUUUCACGUUUUGCUCAAAACUCAAAUCUCUCUACAUAUAUAUAUUAUAUAUUACACUAUACAUAUUACAUGUACAUAAUGUGUGUGAGUGUGAAUUUUUUAUUUUUAUUUUAUAUUUUUGUGGUAUUUAUAAUACUGGGAUCUCUAAACAGUGAAAACCAUUUUUACCACCUAUAAUCGUGUUCAUAUGAUAAUAUAUUAUAUAUUGAUCGCAUUAUUGAUCAUAUCGAUCGGCGAAUAUAUAAUAUUUAUACAUACAUAUAUAUAUAUAU